GAAUAAUAAUCAAUGGUAAAAUAUGUUUGUGUAUCCACAAUCAUUUGAACAGUUUAACUGUUGAACCACAGUUACUGUGGUAAAUGGUUUGACGGAUGGAGAAAACACAUCCAUUCAUAGUGAACAAAUGAGAACCAAGUUUUCUCCAUAGCCUAUACAUAUACAGACUGUAACAAAGAUUAAGAUUGGCGUAAUUAUCUAAAAUAUGUUUUACUUAAUCCAGUACAGAAAAAUAAGUCUUAUCAAAUCUUGACAUACUAGGGAGGAGAGAGAAGAUGUGGAAAAUCAGAGAGGAAAGGAGACCAUUCAGCUUUUCAUUUGGUUUGGCCCCACUUGAAUGUCCACCUCCUGCAGCUAAACCGGCUUUUGCGAUUGAGGACGUCAAAAGUCCUUUCACCCUUCGUUCAAACGUCAGUUCAACAAAGAAAAAAGAAAAGAACAAACCUUCAUAUACAUUUCCUGUACCUCAACCUAAGUUGGAAUCUCAAUGGAGAGAAAUGGAGUGGACAGAAGAGCAAAAGGCGAGUCUGAUGAAGACCAUCAGCUCCUACAGGCCGAGCUGUCACGAGGGGACUCAGGCUCGAGUUCUCCUCCUGGGUCCGGUCGGUUCUGGAAAGUCCAGCUUCAUCAGUUCAGUCCAGUCUGUGUUUAAUGGAAGAGUCACCAACCGAGCCAUGGUGGGCACCUCUUCCACCAGCUUCACCAAGAAGCUGCAGUCCUUCAACAUCCAUGGUCAGAAAGGAGAGGAUCCUACUGGACUGGUGCUGUGUGAUAUCGUGGGUUUGGGGGGCGGAGAGAUGACUGGACUGACCCUCCAUGACAUCCUGUCUGUCAUUAAAGGUCAUGCACCAGAGGGGCACAAAUUUAGCCCAGAUCAACCAGUGCGGUCUGAGACUGUGGGCUAUAUAAAGAAGCCAGGUCUCAAAGACAAGAUCCAUUGUGUUGCCUUUGUGGUAGAUGCCUCUAAAAUCCUGACCUACCCCAAAGACCUCAGCACCACCUUCAGGCUGCUCCGAAAGCACAUCAGUGACCUGGACAUUCACCAGGUGGCCCUGCUGACCCAGAUAGACCAAAUGUGUCCAGAAACGGCCAAAGAUGUCACCCAGGUUUACAAGAGCCGCAUCAUUCAGGACAUGAUGAAUAAAGCUGGGGAUCUGUUGGGUAUGUCCACCUCCUACAUUGUCCCGGUGAAGAACUACUCAUCAGAGCUGGACCUGAACGUGAACAACGAUGUGCUUCUGCUUAGAGCUGUGGACCACAUCCUGCAGUAUACAGACCUGCAUUUCCAGGACAAUGCACCACAACACACAGGGCCAAAGAUCGAUUUGGGGAUUUAGCGUUUUUUUAAAGCUACAGAAUGUUAAUGCUUCAUGUAAUGGAUUUGAACCAUCAUGUACAAUAUAACAAUUUCAUCAUGUUUUUCUUUAAAUAAAAUGAUCAUGGACACAAAUUCUGAAUAUAAU